AUGGGAACCAACCCUCAGAUCAAGGCGCUGGUGAGUGCUGCUUUUCCUAGAAUAGACUUCGAAGAGAUUACGAAAAACAGAGCGACAAAAGAUAUCAUAGUUCUAGAUGAUUCCCUCCGGCAUGAUGGUAAUGGCAUUGAGUAUAUCUCAGAUUUUAGUGGUGAGAAUACUGAUGAGAUAGGCGUGGAAACCAUUUUUGAUAGGUAUACUGAAGGUUUGCAGAAGCUCGAAGGUCAGGGCCAUAUCAAUUUAACAGCUCUAGCCUACUGGAAAACUUCCUCAUAUAAAGACGGAAAUCAUAUCAAGGAAGCUCUUGAUGACAAUCCCCAGACAUUUUGGCAAAGUGAUGGUUCACAGCCUCACUACAUUGAUAUUUGCUUCAGUAAACGAGUAGAAGUAAUUCAAUUGGCUUUUUUUUUCUCGCUAUUGAUUGACGAGUCCUACACUCCUCAAGUAAUCAAAGUAUAUGCGGGCCAUAGUUUGAGUGAUGCCACUUUAUACAAGACGCUGGAAAUACGAAACGUGAACGGAUGGGUAGCACUGACGUUUGAGGAUAACAGACCAAAUGAUAAACUUCUCAAGUGUCAGUUUUUACGAUUAACAAUCCCAGUCAAUCAUGAGAAUGGAAAAGAUACGCAUUUAAGGGGGGUAAGACUUUACUCACCUUCUAGUAAAACAUAUAUGGAUGACUCAAGAAUUAUGGAAUGCUUCUCAACUAAUAGCAUCAUAUUCGACUGUAGCAUUAGAUGA